CCUGAGACACGGCGCAAAGCGUCUCCUCAUCUUCGACACGACAGGCUGUAGCAGGUCCGAAAACCGCGUUUGAGAACCGUUAAUCGCCGCUAGGUGGCGCGUCGUUCGAUCAGUCGCGGAGCACGUAACAUCGAGAGAGGAAACUUGCCAAAAAAAACGAACAAGAUAAGCCAAAAGCGUAUAAAUCAUUGCAACACCGUCUACCAGUUUUUGCUGAUAUUCAUAAAACGCGGCAAUCUCGAUAAAUAAACGGGCAACGAUUCAACCAUGACGAGAAACGGUUUCGCACUACUAUCUCUGUUCGCGGUGAGCCUUGCGAUUGGCUGUUCAGGGAAAGUUUAUAACCGUUGCGAACUAGCUAGAGAGUUGAAGGACAUGCCGGGGGUGAUUCCCGAGCACGUUGCGACCUGGGUCUGCAUCGCGUACCACGAAUCGAGGUUCGACACUUCCGCGAUCGGUCGAGGAAACGGGGACUGGUCCUGGGAUCACGGUCUGUUCCAGCUGAGCGAUCGGUACUGGUGCGGACGGAACAGGAUUGGCGGAGCCUGCGGCUUGGCCUGCGCCUCUCUCAGGGACGAGGACAUCGCGAACGACAUGCAGUGCAUGCGGGUCAUAUUCGAGGAGCACAAACGACUAUCGGGCGAUGGUUUCAACGCCUGGGCCGUUUAUGGACGGUGUCGGGGCCCGAGGGCAGAUAGAUUUAUUUCCGGGUGUUUCGACGGGUUCGAGAUCGAUGAAAACGACCUUUAAAUUUGAGAGGAUAAAAGGAUCGACGAUGACGAACCGCCGAGGAGCAUGUCGUAUGA